GACCGUUAGCUGGAGAGGCACCAGCACCUCCUGACCUCGCGAGAGACAAGACCAGGGUGAUAGAAAAUGGAUGGAUGGAUUAUUCCCAGCAGUUGGCGCCAUCUUGCUCCAGUCCACUAGGCGGCGGCAAAACGCUGGAAAAAAACCAAACAAAUUAAACGUAAUAGCGUUUUGGAACCAGAAGAAGAGACCAGAAGAAAAGAUGGCGGCGUCCAUGCUGGGGCAGAGGACGGCGGCGUUAUGUGGGGCUUUAAAGAGAGCGUCCCUGUCCAAAGCCGUCCUUCUUGCGAGCUGUCGCAGCGGGUUUGUGUUGCAGGCUGCGAGCUACAACCCCAAACCGCUGAAGCUGAACCUCCGGGACCCCUACAUCCCCGACAAGGAGAGCAACAAAACCCCGGAGUGGCAGAAGACGUCUCGGUAUGACAGGAAGCUGUUCGGCCGCCACGGCUCAGCCUCGGGCGUCGCGCCCGCGUCUCUGUGGCCGUCUCCCGAGGAGCUGGAGAGGCUCAUAGCGGAGGAGGCAGAGUGGCAUCCGCCUUUGGAAGUUAUGCUGAAGAACAUAAAGACCAGAGAGAAGGAGGAAACCCAGAUGCGGCUCGCGAAGGAGAAGCUCAUAGCGGCGAACAUGGCCAAGAUGCCCAAAAUGGUGGAGGACUGGCGCAGGGAAAAGCGCGAGGCCAAGCAGAAGCUGAAGGAGGAGAAGGAGCGGAAAGCCAAGCUCCUGGCCGAGGCGCGGGAGCGCUUCGGUUACAACAUGGACCCUCGCAGCCCAAAGUUCCUGGAGAUGGUCGCCGAGAUAGAGAAGGAAGAGAAGAAGAAACGGAAAUUGCUGAGGCGCAGAGAGAAGGCGGAGCAGGCUGCAGUUCCCCCUGCUGCGCCCCCUGCUGCCCAGUCCUAGAACUGGAGUUUUCAGCAAAAUCCUGUCAGUAGAAACAACAAAACUAAAUUCUUGCUUAAUCAGUCGUAGCAGGAAUUGUGUUUUUACAAAUGUAUAUAAUAAACUGCCGACAUGUUGCUAUGUUUGUAUUUAAUGCGCUGGAAAGUGGACUUUUAAGCCAGUGCAGUCCUUCCUCUGUCACCCAAUAUCAUCUUCGAUGAUGGAAAAUAACUUUUUCUUUCUGUUUCUAUGUAUUUUCACCAUCUUCUCAUGUGUACAGACUGUAGAACAAAAUAUAAUUCUUCCAAAACACCACUUUGUUACAACUUAAAAAAAAAAUGAACAGAAGUAUGUCAAAUAUUCUAAUAAAACUUUCUGGUUUUGGGACAGUA